AUGAUGAUUACUGAUUCAUCCCAGGCUGCUCGACAAGAUUCCUUGAGCGAUGAACAAACCGCUAUGGACAACUUAGAUGCUAACACCUUUGUCCUCUCCGCAAACGACCCCCAAGAACCGCAGGCGAGGUACAGAGAGUAUACACUUCAACAAGACCUUUUAGCGUGCAACAAGCAGUACGGGGUUGACCCAACUCCAAUCGCAAGCCAGUCUUCCAUCGGUACGACCCCGCUUAAGGACGUCAGGUUCACACAAUGCCAACAAGCCCUCAUCGAAUGCGCCCAGAAGGCUCUGGAUGAGCACAAGUUGUCCAGCGAGAGCUGGCCUCUUGCCGACCCCUUGGAAAGGCCCGUCUUGAGGACCAACAUGCUCGAACGCGGCAUGGUCAAGUGUCUCCGUGUAGCCGCCUCAGACACCAAGAAAGUCUUCACGCUUUCCGACAUGACAGAGAAAGAGUUCGAGGUUUACGGAACAGUUGCAAUGUGCAACAAACAUCUCAUCUUGUGCUUCGAAGACAUCUCAGGACUAUAUGACGACAAGGUAGCUGAGUGGGACGAAGAUCACCCUCAGUGA